AUGGAGCAGCUCGGGUACUCCAUGUGGCUCUUCUUGGCUCUCCUCCUCCCUCUCGUGCUUCUCAAGCUGAAGAAGCGUGACAACAAUGGCCUGAGGCUGCCGCCAGGCCCGUGGCAGCUACCGGUCAUCGGCAGCCUCCACCACCUCCUCCGCAGCCCCCUCGCCCACCGCGCCAUGGCCGACAUCGCGCGCCGGCUCGAUGCGCCCCUCAUCUACCUCAGGCUCGGGGAGGUCCCCGUGGUCGUCGCGUCAUCCCCGGACGCGGCUCGCGAGUUCAUGAAGACGCACGACGUCAACUUCGCCACGCGCCCGUGGAACUCCACGAUUAGGAUCAUGAUGGCCGACGGGGAAGGGCUGGUGUUCGCGCGCUACGGCGCCCUGUGGCGGCAGCUCCGCAAGAUCAGCAUCCUGGAGCUGCUGAGUGCCCGCCGCGUCCAGUCGUUCCGUCACGUCCGGGAGGAGGAGGUCGCCCGCGCUGUCGCCGCCAUCGCGGCGUCCCAGCCUGGCGAGGCCGUGAACGUCAGCGAGAGGAUCGCCGUGCUCAUCACGGACUCGGCGGUGCGCACCAUGAUGGGCGACCGGUUCGAGAGGCGGGAGGAGUUCCUUGAAAACCUCGCGGAGGGGAUAAAGAUCACCACGGGGUUCAGCCUCGGCGACCUGUUCCCGUCGUCGAGGCUUGCAAGCCUCAUCGGUGGCACGGCGCGUCUGGCGGAGGCGAACCACCGUAAGCAAUCCAAGCUGAUGGACUGCGCCAUCAGGCAGCACGAGAAGCGGAGGGCAGCCAUGGCCGCGGCCGCAGACGGCACCUUGCAGGAGGAGGACCUAGUGGACGUGCUCUUGAGGAUACAUAACCAAGGUGGCCUCGAGGUGCCGCUGACCAUGGGAAUCAUCAGGGCCGUCGUCCUUGACCUUUUCGGGGCCGGCAGCGAGACAUCGGCGAAUACGCUCCAAUGGGCCAUGUCCGAGCUCAUGAGAAACCCAAGGGUGAUGCACAGGGCACAGGCCGAGGUACGUGACAAGCUCCAAGGGCAGCCAACGGUAAACGAAGACGACCUGGUCGACCUCAAGUACAUAAAGCACGUCAUCAAAGAGACCCUAAGGAUGCAUCCAGUGGUACCGUUGCUCCUCCCAAGGGAGUGCCAGGAGUCAUGUAAGGUCAUGGGGGAUCCAAAGUUCUGGGACGAUGCUGCGACGUUCAAACCGGAGCGGUUUGAGGCUGGCACAGUUGAUUUCAAGGGCACGGACUUCGAAUUCACGCCGUUCGGGGCGGGGCGGAGGAUGUGCCCCGGCAUGGCGUUUGCGCAGGCCAGCAUGGAGCUCGUACUCGCUGCCCUCCUGUACCACUUCGACUGGGAGCUCCCCGGCGGGCUGCCGCCGAGCGAGCUAGACAUGACGGAGGAGAUGGGCAUCACCAUCCGGAGGAAGCAUGAUCUUUACCUGCAUCCAGUUGUUCGUGUGCCCCUGCAAGCUGCGCCCUAG